ACAUAGAAAUAAAAAAAGAGAGCAAUUUCCAGUUGAAUAUAAAAAAGGACGUACUUUCUGCAAAUCUCUUCAAAUCUCGCCAUCAAAUAGAAGAUGGCAGCAUUGUCUAUGACUUGGUCUUGCUCUCCCUUAACCUCCUCCAAAUUUAGGCGAGUCAACCGAUAUCCAGGGAUGGCAUUUGCAAGUGUGAAAUCUACUGAAGGAUUGGGGAAUUUACCCAAGGUCGUUUUGACUUCUCCUCAUGGAAGUGAGGCAGAGCUAUAUCUAUUUGGAGCUUGUCUCACAUCUUGGAAAGUAGACAGUAAAGAUCUUCUUUUUGUUAGACCAGAUGCUGUAUUCAAUGGUCAGAAACCAAUCAGUGGAGGAAUACCGCAUUGUUUCCCCCAAUUUGGACCUGGCCCAAUCCAGCAGCACGGAUUUGGAAGGAACAUGAAUUGGUCUCUGGUUAGCUCUGAAAAUGUGGAAGGGAAUCCUAUUGUUACUUUGGAGCUAAAGGAUGGCCCUUACAGCCGUGCGAUGUGGGACUAUAGUUUCCACGCUCUUUACAAGAUCACUCUUGAUAAGAAGACCCUUUCCACGGAAUUCACAAUUACAAAUACUGACAACAAAUCAUUUUCGUUUACUACUGCUCUUCAUACUUACUUCCGCGCGUCUGUAACAGGUGCAUCAGUUAGUGGCUUAAAAGGUUGCAAAACUCUAAACAAAGUUCCUGAUCCGACAAAUCCUGUGGAGGGUAAGGAGGAAAGGGAUGUGGUGACAUUUCCUGGAUUUGUGGACUGUGUUUAUCUUGAUGCACCUAAUGAGUUACAGCUAGAUAAUGGUUUAGGUGAUAAAAUAUCCAUCAAAAACACCAACUGGUCUGAUGCUGUUCUAUGGAACCCUCAUCUGACCAUGGAACAAAGCUACAAAGACUUUGUUUGCGUUGAAAAUGCCAAGAUUGGAAAAGUUCAGCUGGAACCGGAGCAAUCUUGGACGGCUGUACAACAUCUAACUGUUGCUUAAAGAUGGCGGAGUAGAGAAAUCAACUUUUUGGAGAAAAUUUUUGCUGCAUCUUAAGUUAAAAGACUCAUCUGUGGACAAUGGUUGAGAAGGGCAAUAAACAAUAAAAAGGUAAUGUUGUAUCUUUCAUGGCCUGAUUUUCAUGCCAAUUAGAGUGUUGAAGUGAUAUUUUCAUAUUCGUUCCCUCUUCUCUCCCCCUUUAUUCUCCACUUUAUUUGCCAAAUCCUCAAAGCUAGGAAACGAAGCUGCAAAACAUGUAUGUUGAAUUCUCCAAAUUUUGUGAUUAAGGGAGAAAAUGUACUAUGUAUAAGGAAAAGAAAAAAGAAAUGCAAGUUCUUCUUGAUUCUUCCUGA